UAAACUAUUAAACUAUCAUCUGAGUCAUGUAAAGUCCUGGUUGUCUGUGUCCUGUUGGGACACUUGAGUUUCUCUGUUGUUGGUGUGGUUUUAAUCAGCUGAUCGAUGCAGUUAGCGGCUAACCCAGAUUUCCCGCCACCUCUCUGCGGGACAGUUACCAUGGGAACCGAGCUCCCUUGAACGGUCGCGCGCCUCAGUGAGUUGGAGGAGAGAUGGUGAGUCACUGGGAGCAGCUCCGGUAGCGCGCGACGAGCACGGAACGACACCGACCACAACAAACUGCUGCACAAGACGUGUUUCGACUGUUGAUCAGGCUGAUGAGCAGCCGCAGUGACGUAACAGCGUACGGCAGCAACAUACUCAAUGGAGACAGGAACCGAAAAAGCUGGCGACCCAAUUCGGUCGGCCUGAGAGGAAUUAUGGUCUGGAAUCCUAAGAAAGAGAAGAGCAACCUGCAGCUGGGAGGCCACAACGAUCUGCGUCUGUGAUGUAACACUUGAAUCUGGGAGGCAACAACCUGCAGCUGGGAGGCAACAACGAUCUGUGUCUGUGAUGUAACACCUGAAUCUGGGAGGCAACAACCUGCAUCUGGGAGGCAACAACCUGCAGCUGGGAGGCAACAACCUGCAGCUGGGAGGCAACAACGAUCUGUGUCUGUGAGGUAACCAAAGCUGGGAGGCAACAACCUGCAGCUGGGAGGCAACACCGAUAUGUGUCUGUGAGGUACCUGCAGCUGGGAGGCAACACCGAUAUGUGUCUGUGAGGUACCUGCAGCUGGGAGGCAACACCGAUAUGUGUCUGUGAGGUACCUGAAGCUGGGAGGCAACAACCUGCAGCUGGGAGGCAAUGACUGUUGAUGUUGAUUAGCUGAACAUCUAACAUGUUGCUGCAAAAGCACCAUCAAUUAAGCAUCCAGACUCUCAGUAACAGCCAAUAAGAUUACAAGAAACUGUAGCUCCACCUCUUCUGUAGAUGAGCAAACUGAGAGAAAAAAAACAGUUUAAAUUUUUCUGUUCAAACUCAAAUCCAGAGUUCAGCCUGUCAGCUCUGACAUGUCUCACAGAAGGAUGUCUUUCUACUAUUUGGAUUCCUUGGUUUGUCAGAUUCCUUGGUUUGUCAGAUCAGUUGAUCUGGUGUCAGAUGACACUCAGUUAGGCUCCACCCACUUCUGAUUCCUGCUUUUAAACAGCUCAAAAUAUGAAACAGCUAAAGGAACAAGGCCAAGAGAUGGAGGGGAAGGUACAGACCUGGGCUCAGUCUCUGGUUUAUACUGUGGAGGAACUGGAGUGUAAGAUCUGCUACAACCGGUACAACACUCGCAGCCGGAAACCCAAACUCCUGGGCUGUCUUCAUCGAGUCUGUGCCAAGUGUCUGAAGAAGAUGGUUGACAUGGGAGAUUCUUCUCCUUCGGUCAUCAGCUGUCCGUUCUGCCGCCAUGAGACCUACGUACCUGAUGAAGAGGUGUGGUUGAUGGAGGAUGAUCGGCACAUCCUGGCGGUCUUGUCCUGUCAGGACCGAGCCCAACAGGGAGAAGGUGCAACAGGAGGAGGUUCGGAGGUGGUGCUGACUCCCAAAAGUCUGAGUGGAGGAGGAGGAGUCCCGGAGGCAUCCCAUUGCUCCUCAGACUGUCUGGUGAUCACAAUCAUGGAGCUUCCUGACGAUUCUCCGUCCUCAGACUCACUGAGCAUGCUCAACGUGGUAGGUCUUUACCGACCCCCCAGUCUGGACUCCCUGCCCUGCAACCUGCCGGCCCAGAAGUGUCAUGCCUGGACGUCCCGCAGCUUCCCUCGCUGCCUGCUGGGGGCGCUAUGUUUGGUAUAUUUCAGCUCACUGCCUCUGGGGAUCUACCUGCUGAUGAUUGGUCAGCUGUGGAUGGGCGUGGUCUUGGUCAGUCUGGUUCCGUGCACGCUGCUACUGCUCGUCUUAUACGGCUUCUGUCAGUGCAUGUGCCACGAGGUGAGAGAGGCUCUGGCUGCACACAGGCUGCCAUGACUAUAACACCUGCUACCAUGGCAACAACUCUUAUCUGCUGCUAUCGGGACAAGAACACAUGACAUACCAUGGCAGUGGUGAUGAUGAUGAAGAAACCAUCUGACCCAUCAUAACAGAACAAUAAAUGACUGAAACCAGAGCCAUAACAUUGGGCCGAAGCACCCACUUUACCUGUUAGGCUAUGGCGUCACACAGGCUCCGCCCCUUCUGAGAACCAUUUGUCUAAACAGCCAAUCAGAAAAAGACUAAAAGAGUAAACUACGAAUCAAGUUCACUGAUGCAGUGAAGUCUGCCAACAGGACCAAGAUGGUGCCGAUAUUUCAGCCAUCGUCUGGAGCUUCUUCCACUCCAUCCAUCCAUGUCCCUGACUAAGUUACAGGAAAUCACAAAACCCGACAUCCAACACAAGGACAAGAAAGAACUGUUUGGGUGGAGACAGAAGGUUCUGGAGCUUUCACCUCAACUGACGAGAGGCUCAUCUAUGAUUCUGUCCCAAAAGCAUUUAGAUCACUUCAGUGAACACAUUUAUUAAAUAAUCUACUAAUCCACCCAUUAAUUCAAUUAGAGGUAGACCUAGAUGUGACAGUGUGCGCAUCCUGUCACAAUGUCCCGAUUGAUCAUGCCCCCUGGCAUACUUGGCCAAGGGGAUGUCCUUUUGGCUGACUGGUUAGAGCGUAUGACUCUCACCCGGGAGUCUCGGGAUCGAAUCCCGCCCGGGCCCUCGUUUAUCCACCUUGCCACAUAUAUAUCGAGCCGAUAUUUACUGAAUCUUAUAUAUCACAUCAGCCGAUAUUUGUCCUUAGUAAAGUCCACUUAAAGCCAGGUGCAUUCUUGAGCAGCCUUUAAUUAAGUAUCUGACUUUAACACUGAGCAGUGCACAAAGUUAAGAUUUAACAGUUAAAUGGUAAAUGGCCUGUAUUUGAUAUAGCGCCUUCUAGAGUCCUGGAACCCCCCAAGGUGCUUUACAACACAAUUGGUCAUACACCCAUUCACACACACAUUCACACACUGGUGGGGAUGAGCUACGAUGUAGCCACAGCUGCCCUGGGGCGCACUGACAGAGGCGAGGCUGCCGAGCACUGGCGCCACCGGCCCCUCUGACCACCACCAGCAGGCAACGUGGGUUAAGUGUCUUGCCCAAGGACACAACGACAGUGACAGACUGAGCGGGGCUCGAACCUGCAACCUUCCGAUUGCGGGGCGAGCACUUAACUCCUGUGCCACCGUCGCCAAAUCACCAGUUAGAUAAAUUCACAGUUAAAAACUAAUUCAGCUUCAAAUAAUUUGUGCGUCAACUGUUAUUAAUGAUAUUUUAGCAUGAAAACAAGGUGGAAAAUGUCUGGAUUCACUGUAGGCCAUAAAAAUUGGCCCUUAAAAAUCGGCAGUACAUAUCGGCAUUGGUAUUGGCAAUAGAAAAUCCAAUUUCGGUUGACCUCUAAAUUCAAUCUGAUGUCAGCUGUUUAAAGUAAGCAUCUGAUGGUAAUGUGCUUCUCAAUCAACAUCUUCCAGAAUGUCAUCAAUGGGAAUUUCCUAAGUCGAAAGUCACACCAGUUUGCUAAAAAUGAAACUUUGAUCAAACACGAUCAUUUCAUCCAUAAAUCUAACAGAAAGGUUCCUGAAACAUGGCUCAAGGCCUGUGGGACGUGAAACACCAGGCAGGGGUCUUGAGAGAUACCAGUGGCAUAUUCAGCUAAAUCCUUUACAAACAUAAAAACAGUAAUCAUAAAAAUAAUAUCAUGUUCGUCAGGAUGCGUUUAAUGGCAGUUGUUUAAACCAGAAUGGGUCACACAGAGAAGGAUUUUUGGUCCCAAAUCUGAAAAGUCCAGGAACCAGAGAUGUAACAUGCAGAUGUUCUGAUCUGGUGACCCAGUGCCAACAACAUGCAGUCCACAGACAUCAAACACGGAAUUUUUAAACUUUAUGCAAUUUACUUGAUGAUUCAACAAAUUGCCAAAAAUUUCUUAUUGUUCCUGUUGGUGUUCAUGGUUCACUUCUUUCUAAUACUUUUACCUGUAAUUAGCUAUUUGAUGGUGAUAAAACACCUUAAUUGUUUGCAGGUGAGUAUAGGCGGUGCCUGUUUGGGUUAGGGUCGAUGGUUGCCAUUAACAGCUGGAGCUCUGUUACUAUGGAGACAGCUUGGCUCAAGGAGAACUUGAAAUUCUGACUUUCAUCUCAACAUAUCCGUAUUAGCCAAUCGGCUCUCAGGAGAUUUCAUCACCUGCACAACUGAUGUCAGCUGAUCAACACAUACUGUUAACCAAUGAGAGGAGGCGUUCAUCUGUGAAUGCUGCCGCUAGCGUGUGCUGAUGGACAUGCUGAGGACUGCUGUUAUUAUGGUAUUAAUAUGAUUCAAACACACAUGUAACAUUCCAUUUGUAAGUGUAUAACUCUAGUCAUCAGCACACCAGUACUGUCACAUGAUCACCAAUGCUAAGUGUAGCUUACCACAAAGACAGGGAAAUGCAGGGAAGUGUUAGCCUAAUGCUAGUAUGAGGCGUUGUAAAGGAAGGACUGCAGAGUAUUUUCCCUCCCAGCAGCCUUCAUGCCAAGCUAGGCUAACACUUUCCCUUUAUUUCCAUUCUUUGUGCUGAGCUAAGCUAACAGUCCUGGUGUCUGCAGGCUGCAGCAGUUAAGGGAACGUGGGUCAGUAGUUUGACUUAGCCCGGAAAUCAUGUGAAGAUCAUGUGACAGGUUCAGUCCUAUGCUACUUCCUGUCAGUGUGGUGGGUUUUUGUAUGAACUAAUAAAUGUCACUGAGAUGA